UAAGAAAAAAGAGACAUAACUAUUAACAAUAACUCCUUGGAAUAAACACACAUGAGACCACAAUCUCUCCGGAUCCAUUCAACUUUAUUUCUUUUCUUCCUCUCAUAACUCACAAAACCUCCCUCACUUACCUCCAAUGGCUUCUCCAACCAAUAAUCUUCUUAAACUGGUGGUUGCUGUCGCCUUCGCCGUUGUAUUUUCCCUCUUCCUCUCUCUUCCCACAUUAUCAGGUGUGGCAGAGGUUGAGAGUUUGCAAAAGAGGACGGUGCUGGGAUCGAAACCACCAAGAUGCGUGGGGAAGUGUUUGAAUUGUAGGCCGUGCACGGCGGCGUUGGUGGUGCCGGAGCACCGUGAAGGGAAGAGAUUUGAAGGAAAUUUGGAUCAUAGAGAAGAAGAUGAUAGCUAUUAUCUUCUGCAUUGGAAAUGUAAAUGUGGGAAUAAGCUUUAUCAGCCAUGAGAGAAUAAUAUAUGAUGAUGAUGCUGUUUUUCUUUUCUUUUUUUCCUUCCCAUCAUGGUGUUGGUCUAUGUACAAAAAUUGAACUUGUUUUAGCUUCUUUUCUACUCUGUUUUCUCAAUUUCUUC